GAGUCCUUCCUUAAACUAGCAAGAAUCCAGGCGACCAAAGCAAAGUGGCAUCCGGUUGCAUUGCGCUCCGACAGAUGGCAUCCAAGGCCGUCCUUCUCCUCGCGGCGGCCGCGGUCGCCGCGGCGUGCGUUCUCGGCACCUCGGAGGCCAGGCUCGGCAAGCUAGGCCGGCUCGUCAUCACCGGCGUCGUGCCCUGCAACACCGGCAGCCUCAUCGACAUCGCCACCUCCCCCGUCUUCCCGAACGCGGACGUGGAGCUGCGGUGCGCGGGAAGGAUGGUGGCGGGCGCGACCACCAACACCAACGGGACCUUCUCCAUGGAGCUGGACAUGACGAGCGCGCUGGCGGCCUUCAUCGGCGGGUGCACGCUGGUGGUGGACACGCCGCUCAUCAAGUGCAACGCCGACCUCACCGACGUCGGGACCCUCGUCUCCUACCUGCAGGGCCCGCUCACGCGGCUGCUCGGCGGCAUCUUCCACCUCUUCCCCGCCGGAUUCUCCUUCCACGCCCGGCGAGAAUAAUCAGCUACUAGGAUGCAACAUGGUCUCAUGUUCUCUCGUCUGUCUCUACCCAGCCUUCCUGGAAAUGGAUUCAUACAAUGGUCGUACUUGUACUCUACAACAGAUGUGGUGAUCUCUGUAAGUCCAAGGUUGUUCAGUCUUCAGUGUAGGUAUAUGCUACUGUAGUACGCAAGAUUGUUAGUAUCGAGUCACAAUCAAACUGGAUCGUUGGGACGACGAUUCUCAUACAGUUAUACUGUAACUUAAGAAGCUUAUUGGCAGCGGUAGUCCUGCUACCCGCUAUCAACUGCAUGUUUUUGGACAUUCGUGUGUACUAGAAAUCAUAGGGAAAUUGAUCCAAGUUCUGAAGUU